CACACACACACACACACACACAACUUACAAGGCGCACCUCGCACCAACUCUCACCUGCAACGGGCAGCCAUACGGCAAAUCUGCAGGUCUGCAACCGCGUUUUCCCGUUCCGGCCCUACUUGAUUUCCGGACGCUGGCUUGACCGCCUUCUUCUAAUCUCCCGCCGUCACAACCUUCAUGCAUGAACUAGCUAGCGCCUGUCAACCUGCCUCCGUUGAAUUGCGGAAAGCUCGAAUUGAGAAGUAAACAGUUCUUGGAAACGCCGCUGAAGGAUUCCAAUCUGGAAGCGAGAAGAGACAAUCGCAAAGAGGAAAAAAAAAAGUCUGCUCGCGCGUCGCGCCCCCGAGGCUCACCGUCUCGACGUGUCACUUCGGGAAAUAAUUUUUUCUCUCUCCCUGCUGCCUCACCUUGUCACGACAACGCACAAUACCAAGUUUCUUUCUUUAGACAGCUCACACAAUGGCCCACAGCCUCGGCGCUAUUAGUGUCGUAUUGCUCGAUAUCGAAGGAACCGUUUGUCCCAUAUCCUUCGUCAAAGAUGUGCUGUAUCCGUAUGCCGUCGAUGCCCUUCCGGCUACCCUAGACAAGCAAUGGAACAAUCCCGAGUUUGCAGUCUACCGCAAUGCGUUCCCUGAAGACUGUGUGUCUGAUCGAUCAGUCUUCGAGACGCAUUUCCGCGACCUUGUCAAACGCGAUGUCAAGGCAUCGUACCUCAAGGCCCUCCAGGGUUACCUCUGGAAAGAGGGCUACAAGUCGGGUGAAAUCAAAGCGCCUCUCUUUCCGGAUGUCGCUGAACGUCUUUUGUCCUGGAAGGACGCCGGCCUACGCCUCGUCAUCUACUCCUCAGGCUCUGUUCCAGCCCAAAAGCUCUUCUUUGGCUACACAGAUGCUCAGCCGGCGGACUUGACGCCUGUCAUCUCGGGCUGGUUCGACACGGUCAACGCCGGCCUCAAGACUGAGCCCGGCAGUUAUGCCUCAAUCCUGUCAAACUUCACCGACACCAAGCCUCAGGAAUGGCUCUUCCUCAGUGACAAUCCCAACGAAGUCACAGCCGCAAUCAAGGCCGGAAUGCAGAGCAUUCCCGUCGUCCGCCCCGGCAACGCUCCACUCCCGGACGACCUGAGCCCAACGUUGCAGCCGAUCAGAGACUUCAACGAACUCAAGGGCCUUGGAUCAAAACACUGAUACGCGACUAACUUGGCUUGCGGGGUACCCGACGACGAGUGUUGCUCCUAGACUUUGGUAGCGCUAUUGGAGACCUGCCGGCAUGGAAACGCCUCGAAUACAGUCUGCAUCCGGUGAACACCAUCUUCAGCUUUCCCAUCUCCGUCGACUGCCCAAUUCCACAUCUCUUGUCCCGUCCAUGCCAUCCCUUACUCUCCAAGCAAAGUCUGUUCUAGAUGCCCAUCGCCCAUUCCUCGGCUUCAGACACGUGGGAUCUCAUACCUAGCUUUACCCGCAACAGCUGAUAAGAGACCGGAAACGAGAUGGCCAAUUUGAGAAACAGGCAGGUCGAAGCUGUUUCCAUUGGAGCUCGAGACCUUGACGCCCCAUCCAGACGCCAGAGGGCCCGCGGCAGCCGACCAAGUCCAUGUUUUGUCUCGCAUGAAUUGCCGAUUGAUCCAGAUGUAGGACAUGGACUCGUCCGUCCCGUGGAAGGCAGGUGAAAGCAGCCGCGGCGGCCCAUCGCUUGCAACGGGCGCUUGCCAAAUGCCCGGACGGUGGGGUUCAUCUUGGGCUCGUCGUACCGAUUACAUUCAUCCCACAAUAUAGGUCAUUGUUGGCUUAUUGGAAACGUGACUUCUUCGAGGCGUCCAAACGGAAGCGAGAAUAUGGACGAUCGCAUGUCGAUCGCUGUGAGGGGAGAACGCUUGGAACUUACACCACCUCAAGGCCCGCCUCGCCGUCUGAUCUACCAGUAUUGCCCCCAAAAAGGCAGCCAGAAUCGUGAUUGGGCCCCAUCUUUGAUCACAAUGGCAACAGUGAUGUCCCGUUUUCAACGGACUUGAUGAUCUGCUAGCCGGCUCCCUGGGCCGAAAAGUUGAUCCAAUCUAGCAGCAUGCAAUCAUGAAUCCUUCAGUGUGAUUGUGAAGUUGUUACGAUUCAUGCCCGGGUUGAGCUCCUUCUUAGCAAACAAGGGCAACGGUUUGCUUGGAGCAUUUGCCCUCUUCCAGAAUGAAUAGACCAGCUUGUUGGUGGCCUUCCCCUCAAGUUGGACGUAUCCCAAGGCCGUCAUGAUCUCAACCAACCGAUCCUGAGAGAAAUAGCGUGAGUUAUCAACACAGCUCCGAGGGAGGACCAAGAAUAGUGAGGGAAACAGGGCGCGAGUAGCAUCCGAUAGAUCGUCUCCGGGCUGGCGGAGAAAUGAAAGCGUGCGGAGAAGCAUCUCACCACGUAGUGAGUGGUCAGGAACGUAGUUGACAACCAAGCUGAGUGAGAUGAUGUCAAACCGAUCCGAGUCGUCCAUUGGUAGCGGUCGCUCCAUGAAAUCCUGCUGAAGGAUGCCCGCCCGUUGGCUGUUGAGGUCGAUGAGAGUCAUUUCGAAGAAGCCGCUCUUGGAGCAAGCGUUGUCAGUACUGAGAGCGCCCACUUCGAGCAUUCGCAAUCGGCGAUGCGCCCCGCCCUCGCUCUUCCCCUCACUCCGAGUGUCCUUGGACUUCAAUGGCUGCACAUCGGCUGAUCGCAGCCAGUCCAGGAGGACUCUCGAGCUGUCUCCGCCGCGAUCUACUCGUUGGCCUUGGAGACUGGCUCGCUGGUACUCCUCGAGCCCUCCGAGGGCAGAAAUUUCGGCUGCAACCACUGCUGCCUCCCUCUCAUCAUUCCGAGCCAGUGCUUGCUGGCGCUUCUUCUGCAAGGUGUGAUGAGUGUUGAUAAGCGUUCUGGUCUCUUUGCGAGAUAUGGACUUUGCUUUUUUGAUAGUGGGAGGGCGGCCUCUGGACAACAGCUUAUUGGCGGGCUUGGUCCUUCCCAUAUUUCUGACGCUUGCUUCGGGGUUUUGGAGGGAGAAGAGCGAUUAGAGCGAGGAACAAGGGGACUUCGAUUUGCGCUUCCGGGUCGCGUACGUUGAGUAAGCUUUGGAUAUUUUCAAUGAGAUCAAUAUCAAAGUCGACAUAGCAUUGGGGUUUUUUUUUUCUUUCCUUGCUCGAAGAGUGUAAGUCGAGCG